AUGUCCUUUCUCACCCCCUUUAUCAACGGCGAGGCCAGCCUGGCCAUCGGCUCGCUCCCGCUGACGCUGCUCAUCGCCGCGCUGCCGCACUGGUACACCAUCUACCAGGCCGAGGUCAACAAGGUGCAGGGCGGCUGGGCCAACGAGAACCCGCGGUCGUUCGUCGCGCGCCUCAACGCCAAGGCCGCGUCGGGCAAGAAGUUGUCGGAGCUCGAGGGCAUGAUCCUGCGCGGCCAGGCGGCGCAGCAAAACGGCUUCGAGUGGUGGGCCGUCUGGGCCGCCGCGGUGAUUUUGGGAACGCUGGCCAAGGUUCCGCAGGCGGACAUGACGAGGUACACGGUCAUUCAUGUGGCGUGCCGUCUGGUGUAUAACUACUUGUACGUCGUAACGUCGAAGCGGUCGCUGAGCUACCUGCGCACCAUUGUCUUUCAGGUCAGCAACUACCCGGCGGUGGCCAUUUUCUUCAAGGCCGCUUCGGCUCUGAACUGA